GGCGUUCAGUAAGUGACCAGCCACCGAGGUAAGAGGAUGUUGUUCGUGCGUCGCGGCUUCACACCGCAGUGAGUGCAGUGAUGAUCAUGUGCUAGUGCGUGCAUACCCAGUUGUGCAAGGAAAUCGCCAUCAUGGCAACGCAGGACUACACCCCGCAUCUCAAGCGAGUGCUGCGCUCGUACCAGAGCACGGCCAUGACUAGUCUCCACGGGCCUGGCACCAUCUACCUGAACGUCGCGGGCGGCAGGGGCGUGAGCGAGAAGGUGGCCGACUUCGGCGAGGAAAAUAUGAAGUCUUUUAAGCAGUGCAUUAAGCUGUACGAGGACUCCCUCAAGAACAAGGUCGAGGACAGCCCCCGGCGGUGCGCUGUCGACGACGCCGAGUGCAGGCGAGUCCCAGCGCCGUCCAGCCCGCCCACGCGCCGCACGCCCACGCCCUCCGCACGAGAGCCGCCGCAGCCCGACCUGCCGGAGGGGAAGGACCCCGACGGCGCCCUUCCUUCGGCGGCGCCCCUUCGCUCCCCCUCUCCCCCCGCCCCCACCCCCGCCACCCCAUCGCCCCCCGCCGACGCCCUCGCCGACGCCCUCGCCGCCCCUUCCGCGCCCACCGCCGGCGCCGCCAGCAUUAAGGCGCCCGCCGCCGGCAGCGCCUCCGACAGCACGGGCUUCGGCGGCUCGUGGGUGGAGCCGGGCGUGUUCCUGGCGCCCGCGCCCUUCCCGCCGCAGCCGUGGCCGGUGCUGGCGGCGGCCGACAAGGGCUCGCCGGGCUCCAGCAGGGGCUGCGAGGAGACCCUGCUGGACGGCGAGCCCAUCGCCUGCUUCAACGUGGGCGGCGAGCGGCGCCUGUGCCUGCCGCAGAUCCUGAACACGGUGCUGCGGGAGUUCUCGCUGUGGCAGAUCAACAACGUGUGCGACGAACUCCGCAUCUUCUGCUCGCGCUCCACGCCCUCGCAGCUGGACGCCCUUCGCGUGGCGGGCGUGCUGCCGCACACGGCCACGUCCUGCGGCCUCAUCACUCACACCGAUGCCCAGAGGCUGACGCAGGCCCUGCUCUACGCCCAUCCCUCCCGCUCGCCCGCGCCCGCGCCCGCACAGUCGCAGCAGGCGAGUCCGCAGCUUCGGGUCUACCACACCUGCUUCGGGAAGUGCAAGGGCCUGGUGUGGGACGAGUUGUACAACUCCGCCAGCGCCGCCUGCAUCGAGUGCGAGGAGUGCCAUGGCCUGUUCCCGCCCGCGCGCUUCGUCUGCCACGCCCACAGGUCCCUCGAGAACCAGACCAUCCACUGGGGUUUCGACGCCGAGAACUGGCGCACCUACCUGCUCCUGGCCAAGGAGCAGCGGCAGCCCCUCGAGAAGGCCGAGCUGCUCCUCAAGGCCUUCAAGAGCAAGUUCGACCCAGCGGGAGCCAACCACAAGCGCAAACAGGUGAGUUGCGAGUUGCAGAAGUGGCAUAGGCCUACUCCGGAUGGCGUGGAAGUCAAAGAGGAGCUGCCCAAGAAAGUCAGAGCGGAGGAGCUGCCGCCAGGGGGCCCUCUCCCCAGCAGCGUCGGCUACGACCCCCUCGUGUGGUCGUACAUGUGGCGACAGUAUGCAGCUAUGGCCCCUUCGUGGACCGCCACGCCCCUUGUUACGAGGGACGGCAAGGCAUUACCGCCGCCCCCUCCUGCCUUCGUCAGGGACAGCGUCCCUGCCCCACUGCCAGCCUACUUGAGCCAGGGUCCCCCCGUGCUGGUCGACCCCGGCCGCGUGGUGCCUCUCUCAGACUCACAGAAGUUCGAGCGCCAUUACCAGCCCAACGUUGCCCUCGCCCCGCCCAAGGUCAGGGACAAGGCAGCCCGGGUGUCGCUCAAGGAUCUCUCAACAGCACACCUAAGCCAAGAUGCACACGAAAAAAUCGCCAUAUAUAUGCAGGAGCAGCAGCAGCUAGAAAGAGGCGUCGACGUGGAGUGCAUAAAGCGCGAGUGUUCGCCGACGCCGAUGUGUCUCCAGCGCUCCACGCCCAACGCCGCCGCCGUCGCCGCCGCCGUCACCCCGAGCGCGCCGCCGCACCUCAGAGCCACCCCGACGCACCAGCCGCCGCAGUCCCCCAGGAAGGUGUGCAGCCCCGACACGAGCAGCCGACACCCCGAACUCGAGCUGUCCACCACCGAUUCCGACACAGACUCCGUUGGAUCCGUCAGCAACCGAAGUGAAACGGUGGAGGAGGCGGAGGCACUGCUAAGGGGCUGGAGCGACCGAGCUGCAGCCAGCAAAGUGGCCCAGCUGGUGGCCGACCUGGCUGCGCGGCUGGCGGCUCAGGAGCGCCAAAAUGCUGCCCUCAGACAACGGUUCGAUGCGCAGACUCGUGACCACAAUCAUGCCGUGGCCAGCCUACGCAAUCAACUUCUGUCUAUAAACGUUACUCGUGAUACCAAGGAGGAAGAUCAGCUCCGCCAGAAGGUUUGCGCGAUGGAGGGCGAGCUGCGGGCCUUGCGUGCUGAGCUGCGCCCACGCCCAACCCCAUCUGUGAUAGCGCCCACCUCCCCUGUCAAGACUGAGCCCUGCGACGUCACCGACACGUGUUAGGCCGCCGCCUGAGCACUGGCUCGUGCUGUUCCCAGUACCGCAGAGAUGGUCGCAGUACAAAUGUGGCGCUCAUGUGCCGUCCAGGCUGCCUGUAUGUUGCUGCUGCUGCUGCUGAUGCUAGGCACCUGGGCCCAGGCUGCUGCUGCGGACUCGUAGUCACAACGUGCUUGUGGCUGCGGGUGGCCGCCCCCCCCUGCUCGGUGUGUGCCGCAGGUGCGUGCCAGCGGCGAGGUAGGGUGGGGUCCGCGCCAUGAUCUCAGCCCGUACUCACCGCACGGGUCUCACUUGGUGCUACGCCACAGCCGUGUGUCGGGUGGUGCCACCGGCCGUACAUGGUGCUCAUGUGGGGCCGCUGCCCCUCUGGUGUUCAGAGGCUGUGUGGCGCCGCCCCGGCACCAGGACGCUCUGGGGGCCCUGUGGGGUGUCACUGCCCUCCAGGGUCCAGAAAAGCAAGUACAAACGCAUAAGUUAAAGAUUCUGCUUGUUGGGAUGGUUAAAUAUAAAAAAGAAUAAUUAUUUAAUUGGUUUACUUUGUGGUAAGCCAACUGCCUGGUGAGUAGUGGGUGGAAGUGUCGUAGACCAGGCUGGUGUAAUUCCAGCUCUGGUUCACUCCAGCCCUGCUGCUGCCAACUUUAUAACCACGCACGCCCGCACCACCCCAGUGAUGACCGUACCCGCGUCAGCUAUGCAGUGCUGAAUCGAGUCAGAUGUGCUUGAAGCAUCUCACGUUGGUGGAGCGCCUGCUGAGCGCCGUGACCAGAGACCCACAAAACUUUGGCGCAGAGGCGCUUAAAAAAUUGUUGCCACUUAAGAGAUUUAUAGUUGUACCAGUGAGGGCCUUCGGUCACGGCGUUCUUUUCGGCCGCUUAUUUGUGUUCAUCUAUGUAACUAGUUAAUUAUUGAUAUGUGUAAUGAUAAAAUCAUUCACUAUUAUGUUAUUUAUAAUUCUCUACUAUGCUAGUACACGUGCAGCAGUGCGUGCGUGGGUGGAGGUGUCAGCAUCUCCCACCCACCCACCCCCUCUCCCACCACACCACCCUGGCCUGGCGGUCCGUGCCAAGUUCAUCUUGCCCCCCUAACUUACCCGUCAUUUGUUUGUAAUAAGUACAUAAGGUUAUUUAGGUGAUUCGUCAAGCAAAGCUUGGUCUAGGAUUUAUUAUUUUUGGUAGAACUGUCCCCCAUGUUAGCCAUGACGGAUGUACUGCACCUGUCAUGGGCCCUUAUGUUGUAGCUGCCAGUGUAGGCUGCCCACCGGCCACCCACCGUGACCACCACUUUCCCUGGUGUCAGAGCUGUGGGUGACUGGUGAGCAGAGUGUGAGGUGAGUCAGCCACAGUACAGUGCGUGGGAAGGUUGUGAUGCAGCGGACAUGUAAUGUCCGCGGCAUAUGAUGACCGUUUGGCUGAGCCCUGCGUCACACCUUCCCAUCGCCAAGCAUCACCACCACCAUCGUCGCCAGGCAGAACCACCACCACACAGCCAGGCGGAUACACUGCGGCACACUCCCGCUGAGACACACUCCAGUCAGUUCCGCAGAUGUGACAUUCUUCAAAAACUGAAUUUGUUUGUUAUACUCAAUGGGUGGCACUCUAAGUAAAAUUGUGUCAAAUA